CACAGAGACAAGGAGCGCUUUCGCUUCAGUAGGCUCUGUGCGAGGCUCUCCUGGGUCAGUCUCUUACCCCUAGCCGCGUUGUGACUUGGUGGCUGCCCAUUAAGGAACAGCGCCAGUCACAUUUCUCUCCCAAAUCCUCCUUUGUCUCGCCACUUUUUCUUCGGAAUUCCAGUUUUUCUGGGUGGCUCGUUGAGAAGAGGGUGUUCCACCGUUUCGCUUUCUGGCUGGAAGACUACAGAGUGGUGAGGAGAGAGCCGGCGGGCCAGUCUCCUCUUGUCACCGGAGAGCGGGGAAACAAUUUGGGCCGGAGCGGGAAGAGGGGGGCCGCGGAUCUUUCCCGGCUCCCCCGGUGGACGCCUGCAAAGCUGCCUGGACGCAAAGAGGAGACGGGAGCCGCCGCCCGGACCGUACCGGCUUCGUACUCCCCAGAGGACUGGGAGCGAGGAAGAGAUCUCUAUCCAAGGGGAGCUCUGUCCACGGGGCAGUGAAGUGCCCUUUGCGCUCGGGGGAGCCAGGCUUCCCUCUCCCAGUUCCCCGAGCGCCCCGCGCCGGCUCUCCUUUAUCCCCUUUGCUUCCUCCCCCGCGGGAGAAAGGCCAAUGCCGCCUCAGCAGGGGGAAGCGGAGUACAUCAGCAAGCCAGUGCCGGGCUGCUGCAGCUGCGAGGUGCCGCCCGUGCCCCCGCGCCGGGUGCGCAGCAGCCGGGGCGCAGCAGCCGUCGCCCUCGGAGCAGCCCUGGGCAACCGCUGCCGGGCUGGGGGUGCGGAGCGGCGGAGCAUCAAGUGCGUGCUGGUCGGGGACGGCGCGGUGGGGAAGACGAGUUUGGUGGUGAGUUACACCACGAAUGGGUACCCCACGGAGUACAUCCCUACAGCCUUCGACAACUUCUCGGCUGUUGUGUCUGUGGAUGGCAGGCCCGUGAGACUCCAGCUCUGUGACACAGCGGGCCAGGAUGAGUUCGACAAACUCAGGCCUCUGUGCUAUACCAACACGGACAUCUUUUUGCUUUGCUUCAGCGUUGUAAGCCCUUCAUCCUUUCAGAAUGUGAGUGAAAAAUGGGUCCCAGAGAUUCGCUGUCAUUGCCCCAAAGCCCCCAUCAUAUUAGUUGGCACACAGUCAGACCUCCGAGAAGAUGUCAAAGUCCUCAUUGAACUGGACAAAUGCAAGGAGAAGCCAGUGGCGGAGGAGGCCGCUAAGCUGUGUGCAGAGGAGAUCAAAGCUGCUUCUUAUAUUGAGUGCUCUGCCUUGACUCAGAAAAACCUCAAAGAGGUCUUUGAUGCAGCCAUUGUGGCUGGCAUUCAGCACUCGGACACGCAACAGCAACCAAAGAAAUCCAAGAAUAGGACUCCAGACAAAAUGAAAAAUAUUUCCAAAUCUUGGUGGAAGAAAUAUUGCUGUUUGGUAUAAUGCUGCUGGCCAGAGACCCAGAAAAGGCUAUUUUUAGAGGAAGUACAAAUUAGAAGCUAUAUUAGCUUAAAUGACUUUUCCUUUCACUGUAUAGAAAAUAUGUAUAUGUAUGUAUAUAAUGUGUGUGUAUAUAUAUGUGUAUAUAAAUACACAUAUAUAAAUACAUUUCACUGUGGGGAGAGCCCAAUUUAUGUUCUUUAUUCUUUUCUUUCCCUUCAAUUUCUUGUGCAAGUGAAUGGGACAGACAUACUUUUAUGCAAAUGAUUUUUAAGUAGAUUAAGAAUUUUCCAGCAGUCGAAUCAUUUAAAGCUAUAUUACACCUCAUGAGAAGACACUCCACACCUAGGUAAAGAUUGUGGAGUUUUUGUUGUAUUUUAAUAUAUAGAAGGACAAAGGAGCAUGGUAAAUUAUGGGAGGAAGAAGAAAACUUGACUUAAGGCUAAACAGUGGACUGUGAACAAAGGGUCAUCUCUGGGCAUUUGUAUCUCUCUGAAACAUGGUGCCUGCUAAAGAACAACGUUUUUAGCCUUAGAACUCCAUGCAAAUUGCACUUUCAUUAAAAAAAAAUCUGAGGAAACUUGCAAAGGUUUGUGUGUGUACAACCUUAAAACAAUUGGUCAAUUCAGUUAUGUCAGUCAAGGAUAAGUGCCUGGCUAAUUCAGUGGGGAAAAAAAAUCUAUCCAAGUGGUUAUUUGGCAUUGUGUAGCCCCCUCCCAAAGCCAUGAUUAAAAAAAAAUCUAUCUUUCUAUCUAUAGAUAGAUAUAUUUUUUAACAUAUAUAUAUUUAAAUCAGUUGUGGGCAUUGGGCUGACGUGGGUCAAAUGACAUGCUGGUGUUGAGUGAGUCUGUUGGAAUGUCUCCACCAUUUGGUUUUAGGGAAUAACCAUAUUAAUGGGAGCAAAAUGUGGCCAUUGAACUUCCUGACUCCUGGCCCAAAGGUCUCCUCUUUUAGGUUCUGUAAUAUGUGCCCCAAACUGCUUCCUUCCCACUUUGUUUUAACUCCCAGGCUUUUCUGUGUGUCUUGAGAGCUUGCAUGGCUAAUUUGUACCAUCUGUAAGGCAUGAGAAUGCUCUUUUGAAAGGAGGUAGCAAAUGUUUGUGUGACACAAUGUAUCUUUUUUUAAAGUCUGCCAAUAUGUGCUCCUCAAUGUUUCCCCUUUACAUAAUGGCUGUUCAUGCUGCUGAUUCAACUUUUAAAAAAAUGAAUGAGAAUGGAGGAUAUGCCACAAUUACUGGAUUUUCAAGGAAAGGCCUGGCUUUUUCCUCAUUAGAAAGCUUUUUAUAAAGAGAGAUCGUUUUUUGAUUCCAGCCCAGGUGUGCCGUUAGAGGGCUUUUAAUUUAAUCGUCUGCUGAGACUGCUUUAAAAAAUACCAGCUACCCUAAAAACCCGUGAAAGCAUUCAGUUAAAUGCAACAGAUGACUUUUUCCCAAAGAACUGGCAGCAGAAUAGUGCCAUGUGUCUUAAAGAUCAUGAGAAUGCUGCUGCCUAGUAAUGGGAAGCUAGUGUUUUAAUUGGCUGCAGCUGAGCUCUGUGGAUCAGGAGACCUGUGUUCACAGCUCCUUAGCUUCCCUACUUGCCUCGGGACUUUGAGAAUGUCACUUAUUUGUGAGUCAUGCAGAUUUUCAAGUAGGUGAUAUUUAUAAGGCAUUGUUUCUCUUGCAAAAUGCCACAUCAGCUUUUAACACACUGUCUGACAGAGAGGUGGGGUACAGCAGGGUUUUUUUUUUCUCUUUUUUUCUUUUUAGUCUCUGAUCUCAAGCUUACCCGGGUUAAAUCAGCUUUUCCAUAUUCACGGCUGUAUCUAACCUGAAAGGGAAUCUUUGUGUAGCUGUGGGGUAGAAGAGUCCUAACUCCUUUUGCCUUUAUGUAUUUAAUAGGUUCCAACCCAUUUUCUCUAGAGGAAGUCCAAUACCAGUCUAUAAUUUUUUCUUGCUCCUGCUAGUAGCUAUCAAAAAACCUCUUUCAAAUAUAUAUGGAACAAAAGAUUAACCUUAAAUACCCAUAGGCUCUUAUUAUUAUUUAUCGUUUGUUAUGAAAUGGUUGCCAUAGUUUUUGGAAAUGUUUAGUUACAACCUGAAUUGAUUAAAAAAAGUUGCUUAACUUCUUGUGAUUCUUAAAACAAACUCUGUUGAAUGAAUGAAUUCUAGACAAUUCCCAAGCCUAAUUUAAAGGAUUCUAUGUAAAACAUUUAGUCUUUAAAAAAAAAAGGGGGGGGGGAAUCAGGCCCACACACCUUCCAGUUCUGAAAGCUUCACUUAAAAUGCUUUUAUUUUUUAUCGGGUGCUUGAUUCUACACCAUUGAAGUUAGAAAUUGAGCCAAGAACAGAGCCCAGUACUAGCAGUACUUGGGCUAACCCUGAUGCUUAAAGUUUGGUAGGCUGUUUUUAUGAGUGCAGGAAUUUUGAUAUUUUACAAUGUUUUAUGGAGUAGGAAAGAUGGGGUUGGGCCAGAGGUUUCCCUUCAUAUUUAUUUCUCUGUUAAAUUAGGCAGGGUGGGGAAACUUCGAAAACUUUGUGUGUGUGUGUGUGUGUGUGUGUGUGUGUGUGUGUGGAUAGGAAGUCAACUCAUUUCAAAGCCCAGAAAACUUGUUAAAUGUAAAUUUGUAGCUUGGUAUCGCAAAGAUGAUUUCUUAUCAGCACCCUAUUUUAUAGUGUGCUAGUCUGAUGUAAAUCUUAAACUCUAGGGCAAUAUUACUAUUUCAGAAAAUGUGAUAUACCUGAGCCUGUUUUGUUAUCUUUUUUUACUAUGUGUAUAUGAACUAAGUUCUUGCAACUUUAUGGACACUAUGCUUUCUGUUCUUAGAUAUAUUUGGAAAAAUCACAGGUAUUUUACAAAGCCAAAAUGAGGAAAAAGUCCUCUACAUUGCCUCUUCUCAAUAUUGUGCCUUACCAAGUUGAGUUUUCCUGUUUUUAAGUGUAGAUGAUACUGAGCAGAAUGUUUCACUUGAAAAUGUGGUGAGUUGGGUGGUGUGAAAUAAAUUUCAACCUGUAUGUA